UUUUGUGGACUAGACGUUGUCGCGAGAUGCAAAUCUUCCAUUUAGUGUAUUUAUUAGUGAAUUAGAGUCAAAUUAAUUCCGUGGAAUUAUAUUCGACAGUGAAAUAUGUAGAAUACGCGUUGUUGUGUGAGUGUAACGUAAUAUUAAGCCAUUUAUGGAAAACAGGAGAAAUUUUCGCCUAUUAUUACCGAAGUCUGCUUCAUAUCUAAGUAUCCACAACAUCUGGUGUGAUGGCCGAGGAGUGAGAGUGAUGAGCGUGGCCGUUUCUACCGCCGGGGGCGGCAGCCGGGGCGUGGGGUCAGGCGCGUCGCCCCCUCGGGACUUCGAGGAUGACGACGGUGCCGCCACACAGCUCGAGAUGGACAGUUGGAGGCACGACGUCAGGGCCAAGGUGACUGCCCUCAAGUGUCACGUCAUGGCUUCCCGAGGCCUCACGCCCGACGGGCGCAUUGUCGCCCCUUAUUCCCCGACGCUCCUGCUGGAGGGGUCGCAGAACGCCGCCCAUCUCAUCCUCGAUGGCGCCGCCCACUUCGAUCUCGCCAAUAGUUUCCUCGGUGGAGGAGGAGCAGCGAAGGGGGAGAAUGGCAUCCACCACCCCAGCAGUAGCGAGGAAGAAGAAGGCGACGAAGACGCCUACGCCGACGAUGAGACGCUCUCCCUGGAGGACGUGCAGUUCCGCCUGCAGGAGUCUGAAGAAGUCGUCGCCAACGGCCACCACGACGGCGGCGGCGGCGGUGGAGGCGGCAAAGGGACGACAACGACUUCUACGGCGCCUACGUCAGGAGCGACCUCACCCUUCCCCCCCUCCUCCUCCUCGCCAGCCAAGUCUCUGUCGAACCUCCCCGUGCAAUCUCAGACUCCCGCCGCUGCUACCUCGUCGAGGCCCUCCUCCUUGAACGCCUCGCCCUCCAAGAAGACCCUCGAAGUGAACGGACACACUCUAAACGGGUCGCUGGAGGUCAAUGGGACGACGGAGUCGUUCUCUUCCUCCAAGGACGGCGUGGUGGAGGAGAUAGUGACUAUAGAGGGUGAGGAGGAGGAGGAACCUGAGGUUGAGGUCGAGGUCGAGGUGGAAGCGGGCGAGGAGCUGUAUAAAGUGAAGAAGGAGCUCAAGCACAAGGAGGAGGAGGUCCUCAAGCUCUCCAGGAUCAGGGACGAGGUCGAGAACGAACUGCAGGAACUCACUGCGAACCUCUUUCAGGAGGCGCAUAGUAUGGUUCACAAUGCCAACCAGCGAGCAGCCAGUGCUGAGAGGUCCCUUAGGGAGGCCAUGAUGCAGGUGGAAGUUCUACAGGCAGAAGUUACUGCCCUGAAGGCAUUGGUUAUCACAUCCACACCUGCAUCCCCAAAUCCUCACCUUCAUCCUCAGCUCAUAACAAAAAGCGUCACUGAGACAGGAAAAAAGAUAUUCCAGCGAGGUCACCGUAAAUCUCCUUCAGACUUUGAUCUGAAAUAUGGUCGGGACACCACUCCUCCCAGCUCCCCAUUGAAAGAGAGUCGAAUAAACGACGCAGCGGCACAUUCCCAGUUCUCUCUGGACCCAGAGUGUUGGGAGGUCAGUCUCUGGAGGAAUUUGGUCAUCUGUCCAUAUACAACUUGGAAUAAGGUUGAUCCUGUGGUUCACAAGGAGUUCAUCAUGUGGAAGCAAAACCCUACGCUGGACAGAAGUGACCCCUUUAUGCAACGAGUAUAUGAAGAAGACAUAGACCUUUGUCUCGCCUUUCCUAACUCCACUUUAGCUCAUAAGGUUCAAAAAGCCAUAGAGGAUAAUGCAGUUUUUAUCGAGGAAGUGAAUCCUCGACAGAAGAGCAGUUGUCCCAAAGUUGAUCCCGAUGAAACCAGGAAAUGUGUGCUUUUAGAUGUUCCUCGCUUCUGCAAAUAUCGGUUUCGGCUUGGCGAAUCAGAUGACAACUGGUACUACAUAUCUCAGUUAGCCCGUAAUAGGAUUAUAGCUAUUUGUGACUUCCUCAACUACUUACGAUAUAUUAAACUUGGUCUAGUCAAAAGUUCAAUCCAUGACGUAUACUGGGAGAUAGUGAAGUUACGACGACAGAUGGCUCUGGCUCGACUUGGAUUCUGAGGAACUCCUGAUGAUCUUCAAAUAUUAAGCAAAUGUCAUGGCAUUUUUGCAGGUGAGAGAGUUGUCACAGAAUACUCCAGAACUUAUAGCUUGACAAGUAAAAUACCCAAACAGAAAAGUGUGCUAGAAAAAACAGCACCAAGAGUGCUAGAACUUUUUAAGUGUAAAUAAAAUGUACAAGAUUAUAGUGAUUUAGUUUAAGUUACUCAUUCUGUAGGACUUAGUAGAAUAUCUUUUGUGAGAUAAAGGAAUUUAUGAUCUGUAAUGUAUAUUAUUUCAAGAUGUAAAUAUGCCAUUAUAUUAAAAAAUCCUAAAGUUAUUUUUCAAUCUAACAGUUUUAAUAACAGCUAUAUCGAUGGAAACCAGCGAGUACUAGCUAUAUACAUUCAUCCAUGAAACUUAUAUUUAUGUUCAAAAUGUCGUUUCAUAUUGCUCCCCAUCUUUCUGUAUGUGGAUGGAAAGAAUCUUAAAAAUAGUGAUGAUAAGGCUUUAGUGUGUUGACUUUGGGAAAAAUACUGUGAUAGCAAUGAAUUCAGUUAUGAAAUAAGAAGUAUCUCUACCAAUGUUACUAUAGAGCGUUUAGGAGAGACUUGGUUUUAUUAUGUUGAAAUAGGUCUGAGUGCACUUCCAUUUAGUUUAUCAUGAAGCAAAGUAAUAUUCUAAUUCCCUAUGAAAUACAAGGUCACAGUUUAUGUUUGUGUUUGACUAUUCAGGUCAUUUAAAACAUAAUUUAUGACAAAUACUCGCAGUUUGGCACAUUGCCCUGCAUGAAGUGGUUGCACAGCUAAACUACCUCGUGGAGAAUUUUGCUGUUAUUAUGGUAAUUCCCAUGUAAGUGUUUUCUGUUUUGUAUGGAUUUUGUUUAUACUUUGUCUCUAAUCUUCUUUAAAAGCCAGGUGUGAAUAGUGAUACACAAAUUUUGGGGAAUUCCUAAUAUUUUAAAGGCACUUAAAAUUUAAUCUAGUGCAACUGGGAAAAGUUUUGAGUUUCUGUAAAGUUAUGCUAUAUCUAGUGCUCACUGCUUCUGCUGGAUGCUGUGAAUUUCGUCAAGAAAAUAUUUUUAGUAGAUGGCACUGAAACUGUAUAGGGCCAGCGAUAUGUAUUUUUAUAUGAAACGGUGAUUAUAUGCAAAAUCCCAGCUCAUAAGCUUGUAAGGGAAUUGCUGUAAUGUUAUGCAAAUUUUAUUAGUUUUUGCAUUUUUGUUUUGUGUAUUUAUAUACAGUAAAUGCAUGGACUAUUGCCAAGCUCAUUUCAAAUGUCAAAGCGUAUAACUGUUGAAGUAGUCACAGUGCAGUUCUGUCUGAAAAUUUUUAUUGUCACUUGUUCAUCUUGAACAAUCCCAAAUUGUAAUGUGGAGCAGGUUAUGUAAUCAUUUAAUUUACCAGUGAUCAACAAUAUUGAUUGAUGCUCAACAAGCAUAAUUUCAUUGUUCCUUAUGUAAGGGCCAUUAAAGGUUUUGCUCGAUUCAUAACAUUUCCAUAAAUAACUAAAUACGUAAAUAAUUAAAUAAAUAAAAAAAAUAUAUAUAGACUUUAUGUAUAGUUUACAUUAAGAGUAAAUUUGUAUUUAUGCAAAACAAAACAAAAAUAAUUAUUUUUCUAAAUUUUUUUCAACUGGUGUACCUACGGAGGUUAUCAGUAUAUACUGUGGAAAUUUUAUUAUAACUUAAAUAUGCAACCAGUAAUUCAUUCUUGAUGAUUUAACAUGGUAUUUUCUAAAUUAAUUGAAAAUAUGCACUUGCACUUCAAACUGUUAAGCAUAUUGUUUAUGAAAGAUUCUAAAUUAGUUGUUUUACAUCUCAUUGUUUAGAAAAAAAAAUAAGAAUAAUUAAUUUGAAGGAAUGUGUGCUUUACGUGAAUUUAUGGGUAAAUAUGCGGGGUCCAAUAUAAAUUGUUACACACUAAUCUGAAAGCUCAACUUUUUUUUUCCAGUUAUAAAAUUCAAGGCUUUAGCAGACUGUGUAAGAUUUAUGUACUGUUAUUUGAAGAUUGUCCCUAUUUUAAAUCAGAGACAGGGGUAAUGUGAUUGUGAAUUAAUGCCCUUACAGUGUGUAUACAUUACAUAGCCUACUGUUAGUUUGAGGUACUCAUACACAAAGCAAAAAAUCGUGGUUAUAUCUGCAUUGUACAUUUCUGUAUCUUAAUGUUAGUAUUAUAUUUUCUUGCAACAGUUGUCUUUCAUUAGAUAUACUGAAAGAAAUUAUUUGCAGUCACAAUUAUUAAUUUUAGUCAAUCACAAUAUUGAAGGUUUAAUUUUGUACAAUUAGUGAAGUGUGAAUCUUAUUCCAGCAGCUGAUCUGAAAAUUUUAAGUCUGAUCAAAAGGUUUAAAUAAUCAGUCUGCUUAACCAGGUGAAAAUGAUCCCUUCUCAUGCAGCAUCUCAAUCUUAAUAUGGCAUGAUAUCACAUAAUAGGUUACAUUUUUUCUAAUUCUUAAAACUUGCUUAUAGGUAAGAAACUGUACUUUCUUUGAUUAGAGUAAGAAAAUGGGAGUAUUUUGCACUUUUCAGAAUACAUAAUGGGAAAUGUGCUCUCUGCAUAAUUUUUCAUUUACACCCCCUCAAAUUGUAUCCAUUGUUAUGGUUUGUUUGUGUUGGAACAGUUUCAUCAGUAAAACAACGUGAAUGACAAUUGCUCCUAGUUUUUUAAUUGAUAUAACUGUAUUUGUAUUGUGUAGUCUUCCGAAAGUCUCUCUAGAGGUCAUAAAUAUUCGAUACUCAUUUUGUUUAGUGUUUGCGAAGACGAUCUCAGGUUGUGUGGCUUGCAAUUUUCUUUAUAUCGUUAUCAAUGUGAUUCCUAUGUUAAGAAGCAAACCAGAUGCCAUAUUAAACAAAUUAAACAAAUCGUGUGGAAAGAUGUGGUAGAACAAAAGGUGACAUGGACUGGACAUGAAACAAGUUUUAAUAUUUUAUGCAAAGUAUAGUCUAUGAACAGUGUAGUUCUGUAAGUGAUGGCUCAAGUUUAUAGGUCCAAAUCUCUUUUGAAAAUUUUACCCACACUGAAGAAUAUGCCAUAGAUAACUUUAGAUUGUAUUUUGUGUAUUUAUUAAAAUAUAUUGUAUAUGCAGUUGUACAUUUUCUGUACAAUAUCUUGUGUAAAGUAAACCUCUACCUAAUUUUCAGCUCGAAAACAGUUUAUGAUGUAUUUAAGCAGAUGUUUUCUCUUUCUCUGUUCAAAAAUUUUUCGUUUAAUCUCAGGCUUUGUUAGAGAAAUGACCUUGGAUAAAAUUCCAAACUCUGUCAGUCUCAAAGUUACAUAUUUAAACCAAUUGGUUGCUAGUAUAAAAGUAACAUUGAUGAAAGAAAUGUGUAAAUAAUACAUACUUACAAACUUUAUAAUCAGUACCUCCACUUUUACAGUUAGUUUUCCCCAUACUACUUCCUUUCUCAAUUUUUCAUGUUGCAAACGUAGGAAAAAGAAAUCAGUGGUGAUAUUGUAAAAUACAUUCACAAUCAUUUUUAUUGUGAAUUCUUACAUUUUACUUUACUGGUAAAGUGAACACUUUUAUGAAUGAAUACUGAGUGUAAUAAAAUAUUUAUAAGA